AUGUCUUUUCCGCCAGUCCGUGCUGUGAUCUUCGACGUUGAUGGUCUCCUCAUAAAUUCUGAGGACAUAUAUACUGAAGUAUAUCUAAGUGUGCUACGUAAUUACGGCGUCACAUCGUUUCCAUGGAAGAUCAAAAGCCUGCAGAUGAGUCGCGGGCGACCCGGCACUGAGCGGAUCUUGAAAUAUGCGAACCUGGAUAUGACCGUAGAGGAAUGGAAUGCUCUCGUCAAGCCUCACACUUCUCUCUUCACCAAGUGCCAGCCCCUACCCGGCGUGCCCGAGCUUCUGCACAACCUCACAACGCGCGUACAGCCACCGUUACAAGUCGCAAUCGCGAGUUCGUCGAACUCAGAGCUGUUCAAGUUGAAGACGGGACAUCUGCCGGAGGUCUCGGAGCCCAUACCGCCUGAGCGUCGAGUAUUUGGGAGUGAUCCGGAAAUGGAGGGUAAGAGCAAGAAACCUGCGCCAGACUUGUUUCUAAUUGCGUUGGGGCGUCUAAAUAAAUUGAGCAAUGCGGCACCUAUUGCUCCAGAAGAGUGUCUUGUAUUUGAAGACUCCAUUGCAGGUGUGGAAGCUGCGCGGAAGGCGGGAAUGAGAGUGGUGUUUGUACCACAUCCGGGCUUGCAAGAUGUUGCGCGCGGGCAUGAGGAGGAUAUCAUGAAUGGCACACUACAUACAGGUCUCACACUAGAGCCUGUUGAGGAUGCACCAGCUAUCGAGACUGGGAUGUCAAGAGAUGGAUGGGCGGAGAUGAUACCAAGCAUGAAAGCAUUCUCGUUUGAACGCUAUGGCAUCCGUCUCAUGUAA